CUCUUUGUGUUCAAUUUUAAAUUGCAAGCGUCAGUCGCGUGUUUACUUUCUGUUAAAUAAAAACAAAUAAUCAUGGGUAACGCAAGUAGUAAAAAGGAAACGGACAAUAUGUACACCUCAGAGGAAAUACGAUUUCUAGAGGCAGCAUAUCGCAAUGCAUCCGGCGGUACAUUGGAGAAAUUAACUUCGGAUCGACUUGUGGAAUAUUGGUCCCAAACAAUCGAACCGUCGUUAGCUGAGAACACAGUUCAGUUUUUGUUUAUGCCAACUAAGCAGCAUAGCAUGAAUUUACCCUUAAAGCGAUUUGGAGAACCCUACUAUAUUAUGGAGCGGGGCAGCAUUGAUAUGAAAAUGCAUUUUCUCUUAUCCUCAAUGCAACGUACUCAAAACGAAAGCUUCAACAUCAAAGAGUUGGAACAUUAUAUACAAUCGGUUAUUAAAAGCUAUCUGAUGCUGGAGAGCACCGCAAAGGGUUCCAGCAUUAAGGAGUGGCAAGAUUUGGGCUUUAUCACCACAGAACGUUCGAACUGUGCCUUUGCCAAGGGUUUGAUGCGCAAUAUUGGCAAAGAUUUGGACCACACCAUGCCCAAUGAGACACUGGAACGUUGGCUCCACUUGACACCGCAGUUUCUUCAAUUAUGGCGCGAGGUUUUCGCACAACUUUACACACGUCAUGGUGGCAGCAAGCGUUCACACAUCAAGGAGGUCGAAAUUUCUUUUCUUCCACAGCUGUGCGAUGCACCGCACAGCAGUCACUACAGGCCAAUCAUGGAGCUGCCACAUGUGCUCUAUAUUAAUGCACAGCUGCCCCGCGAGAUGCGUCACAAAUGGCGUUUCCUCUUCUCAUCGAAAAUACACGGAGAAAGCUUCUCCACAAUGCUGGGCAAGGUGUUAGACAAGGGUCCAACGCUGUUCUUCAUUGAGGAUGAGGAUCAAUACAUAUUCGGUGGCUAUGCGCCGGAAUCUUGGGCUCUCAAGCCUCAAUUUGCAGGAAAUGAUACCUCAUUGCUCUAUACGCUCAGCCCUGCCAUGCGCUGUUUCAACUCCACGGGCUACAAUGAUCACUAUCAGUAUCUUAACUUGAAUCAGCAAACAAUGCCCAAUGGCCUCGGCAUGGGCGGACAGUUUGAUUUUUGGGGUCUUUGGUUGGACUGCAUGUUUGGCGAGGGACAGAGUGUGGAGAGCUGCACCACAUAUGGAGACUAUGUGCAGCUCAGCAAACGUAAGCAAUUCAAAAUACGCAACAUGGAAGUUUGGGCUGUAGGCGAUUUGCCUGUCAAGGACGAGGAAGGUGGUGAAGUACAGAAACGUUCAGUGCUGGAUGGAAAUCUGGAGGAUCGUGCCAUGCUGGAAAUAGCUGGAAAGCAAAUGCAUUCGGAUGGACUUCGUGAGCCAGGCAUGGAUGAUUGAUAGCGGUCGUUUGUGAGAUGGAUAGGCUUGGUUUUAUCAUGUUCAAGAAUUUAUAGCACUAUGUCUCUAUUGGGAGUGGAGUUAAAACCUUUACAUAUAUAUACUUUAGCCUUAAAAUCCUUAUUCUUCUUAAUAAUAAUGACAACACACAAAGGUCUUUACGACGAAACGAGUGUUUGUUCUUACCAUUCCUACAAAUUUUUGCGUAGUUAUUAGCGUUUAUACAUAUACAAAAAUACAUAUUAAUAUACAAUAUAUACAUCCAUAUAUAUAUGUAUAUACAUAUAAGUGAAUAUAUAAUGUAUUAUGCAUAGUGUCUAUGUAAUACUGAGAGUAUUGUUGUUGCGUUUUAGGACUACAAGUGAAUCAACUUUUCAAAAGCAAUGUAAGAUGUAAACUCUAAACUGUAAACUGUAAUCGUCGAUAUAUUUACUGUCUUUUUCCGUGUUUAAAUAAAUCGCAUAUAUUGUUUGCUGAA